CAUUGCUGACAGGGAUAUAAGCAAGCGCCGCAACGUCUACGUCAUCCGCUCUGGAUACUGUUUGUUAUCGAUUUCUACUGAGUCAGUGCGAGUUUGGAUUUAACGUGUGUGUCAGCUUGCCUGUAGUGCUAACCCUGAUUUCUCCUCGCCGAAGUUGCCGUUACCGCAGUUUUCCUUUUAUGGAGGAGGUUUACAGCAUCAGUGGAUGCCAUGGUUCAUGCACGAAAGUCAUUUUUGGUUGAUGUAUGGGUUGACUAAUAGAUAGCAUUUGGUUCGGUGUAAUAAGAUCAAAGUAGCGUAAUCAGGGUUAGGUGGUGUGUGCAAAUGCAUGUGCAUGAGGCUGAUAGAAAAGUGAAAGAUCGUUGUUGGGUUUUGAAUAAUUCGAUUGCGUUGAUUGCCUGAGCUCUUAUUGUUGUAGUUCAAAAAAAAGUUGGAACCCUACCGAUUGAGCACAAGGUAUGUCUCUGUUUUAAGUGCUGGUUGAAGUACCCAACGGGAGGUCGCUUCUGUGAGUCCUUCCACCUCUAUGUGCUGUGGCAGCGCGGACUAGAACUUAUUUACUUCAUGUGUAGUUCCUUAGGGUGGUUAUUGUUGGGGGUUGUGGUUUGUUGGUAAGUCGGCUGGAGAUCUGCUACGUGCGCUUGGAGGGUGCCGAUGAUUACCGAUUGGCGUUACACGAGCCAGUGCGAUACUGAAACCGCAUGUUACGAAGACUGUCGUUUUGUGAACAAUACCCCUUGAUUGACCAGCUAUGUCGUCUGCUCAAAGACUAGAGUUUUUUUUGUCGACAUCCGAAUUCUGCUCUUUCUUUAAUCCUCCCAGCAGUCGACGAGUUUCCCCAUUCUCCGAUGAGAUGACACACAGCUCUCUGUGGAACCUGCCGAUUGACACGGAUUUCGAGGACUGCGAGUCUCACCGUGAUGGCUGCGCAUAUUCGACGACAUCAAUACUGUGCGAUUCUCUCGGCUUAUCAUCCCCGAAUUCCCCGCGAUCACCAUCAUCACCUUCGUUCAAGUCCUUUGCAUCUGAUUCUCCACGGUACAGCCCAAGAGAGAGAAAUGGAGCCAGCUUGUUUGCAGAUCAUCCGAGGGUAGAAAUUCCCGAACAAAAUAUUGACUCGCCUACUGCCACCGGAAAAGGCCCCACAGUGUUCGUGUGGGACAUGGAUGAAACCCUGAUAGUCUUUCAAACCCUCCUCGAUGGGCAAUACGUGGAGCUUUUUGACGGUUCCAAGGACUCUCACAAGGCCACACAGCUUGGCCGGCGCUGGGAGCGACUUGUUUUGGAAGUGUGCGACGAGUAUUUCUUCUAUCAGCAGACAGAAGAGUUCAAUCAUCCAAAUGUGGAUUCGUUGCAAGAGUAUGACGAUGGGAUCAACCUUGACGAGUACAAGUUUGAGGACAUGAGCUUGACGCCACCAUUAGAUGCUGAGGAUUUGCAAAAGCUAAGAUACUUGUAUCGGUACAUCAGCCAGCUGUAUGAGCAGGGUCUGGAAACUUUUCUGAGUCCAGAGCAAGCCAAGGAAUGGGACGACCUGUAUGAAGAGACAGACUCAUUUACUGAUGGCUGGCUUUCUUCUGGAAGACAAAAGCUGAAGGAGUUUCAGAAGGCAAACGAGCAAGCAUUGCAAGAUGAGCUCCGAGAAACCGCCUCGUGUAAUAAAAGCACUGAAAGUACCUCUGAGUCUACUGCUGCCUCUUCCAACUCAUUCAAUUACCUCGUCACGUCCGGGACCCUGAUUCCAACCCUUGCGAAGUGUUUGCUAUUCAAACUCAGCCCAUAUUUCAAACCCUCAAACAUUUUCAGCUCCAGAGAGGUAGGAAAAUUACAAUGCUGUCGAUGGAUUCGAGAUCGUUUCCUAGACCGCAACACAUUUCCUAAGUUUUGUGCAAUCGGCGAUGGGCCUGAUGAGAGGGAAGCUGCUCGAAUUCUGACAUGGCCUUUCGUGACAAUCAGCACCGAUCCGAACUCUUCUGAUCAGCUGCCUAUGCUCUCGAUCACGGCCAUCCAAAAUCUUAUGAAAUCCGUGUACAGGGAUUCCGAAGAUUCAUAGGGACUCAACCACUGAUUCAACCAAUACCGAUUUUCACGGUCUCUUGUACACCAUAUCCUUAAGGUUCAUCAUCUAACGCUAGAUAAUAUCGUUAGUUGUGUGUGUGUGAGAGAGAGAGAGAGAGCUCAAAUGAUGCACAAUUCAUUCCUCAAGUUCACCACAAAUUGAAUGCCUGCACUUGUUUAGCCAGUGUAAGCUUCUUUUUGUCAAAUGAGUACAGUUCUAUGUUAUUCUAAAAAUAAUAAUUUUAAAUUAUCUUAUUGUUUCUUUUUAUUGUUUUA